CGCAGCGCGAUUGUUCCUGUCAUGAAAACGCACCGCCAGCUUCGGGCCGUGCUAUCUCCUAGAUUAGACGUUCAUUACUAAAUGGUGGUGGUCUCCACCUUGUCGAGGAAAAUCCAAGGAUUACAGAGAGAAGGGUGGCCGAGACUAACACGUACGUGUUCCUCAUACAUAAACACAGACUACGAGUCAGCUGGAGAUUUCAGAAGCAGAUCCCUUUCAACUGUCGGCACUACGUAACGAGGUUGUCACCAUGAGCGGCAAGGCACUACCUGGUGAGAGAGAGACCUGUUGGAGAUCAAUGGAAGCUUGCAUAUCUUUAACUCUAUACUCGCAAGGGUGAAUGAAAAAACAACAAGAGACAGUCGUGGAUUUUUAGGGCUGGCGUCUCGGCUAAUGUUCUCUCAAAGGUAAGGUUACGCAAGUCAAAUCGGCAGCCUUGUUGCUGACCCUUCGGCACGCGCCUUAUCGGUAGCUUCCACAAUUAACCUAACAAGUACGCUGAUCGUGCUUCGAAUAUCCAGCUAUGUAAAGAACAUUGGAAUUAGAUUCGGUGUUGUUCUAAAGGACAUGUUUUAUAUAACCACAGAGACGUACUAAUGGCAGUUUGCCUGCGUGUUGUAUCUGAAUGUCGUGUACUGUAUUGUGUUAAACCGUUCCUAAAAGUCAACGCAAGGAGGUAGAUAGUGGGAACUCUGGAGGAUCGGGGUCGCCGGUGUCAUUUGCUUGAUGCUCAACAUGUCGUGAAAAGGCACGCGCUGUUGAUAUGCGUCGGGAUGCAUAUGUUAUUCGCUCUAUGCUAAUACAUCCCUGGCAUGGUAGAUUGCUUGCCGACCCAAAGCAAAGCUAAGGGAGCACGCCGCCAGUCAACAUCAACAUGUAGCACGCGUUCUGAGGAGGAAGCUGAAGAAAUGAGGACCGCAGUUAAUCCACAGUCGAUCAAUACCAGCAAAUUCCUCUUCACAGCGGAGUGUGUGGUCUAGAGCGAAGGAGAGCCGCAGAUUCCCGAAGAAGGCAAACCGAGAGGGCAGUUGACAAAAGGAAAACGUCGCAUAGUUCUUAUUGUUGUAGUGGUAAGAUUUUACGAUGGAGGACGGGGAAUGUGACAUUGCAAUUAUAGACGGGAUGCCCCCGUCAGCGGACGGGAGAGCCACCAUGGACGGCACCAUGAACCGGGUAGAGCAGCUCCAGGAGGAACCGUGCGAGAGGAACGAUGAAGACGAAAGGAUCUUCGUCAAAAAAUGGCAAAUAGCCUGCGUGUUGAUGUUCGUGCUUGUUGCCGUUUUAGCAGCGGUGUACUUCGUCGUUAUUCGCACGAAGGUAAACAGAUCGCCCCAUAAUUUCUACACCGCCAGAAGCAGUCUUGAACCGUUUUACCCUGCUCCGACCUUCCCGACCACCGAAGGACCGCAAGAAAUCACUCGGCUUCCAGAAUACCUCCUCCCGUAUAAUUACAAAGUGAAAUUACGUCUCGAUCUGUCGGAGACUACAUUUACUGGAUCGACGACAAUAAAUCUAAGAUGUCUACAAGCGACCCAAGUGAUAGUGCUAGAUUGCAUCGAAGGUAACAUUACCAACGCGUCGGUAUCAGUGGUAGAUUUGACGACGGCUGAUGUGCAGGUUGUGAUUGACUUAUUAUAUGACGACAGCGAGGGACGGCUCGUGGUUUAUCUUGGGAAAAGACUUCAAGAAGGUCGUAUCUAUAAACUAGAGAUAGCGGAAUUUACGGGAGAACUGCGCACGCAACCUCCAGGCCUCUACACUACAGAUUACAGGCACAGUGAUGGUUUACGCCAGCUGCUGGUGUCCAGUCUGAAGCCUAUGGGUGCUCGGUACGUCUUCCCCUGUAUGGACGACCCCGCCAUGAAGGCCACCUUUGACGUCACCAUAGAACACCCAAAAGGUCAAACGGCUCUGUCCAAUAUGCCGUCCAAGACAAAGACAGUCCUGACUGACGGAUGGGUCAGAGAAGAAUUCUACCGAACUCCUAAGAUGUCCACCCACCUGCUGGGAUUCGCGUUAUUCGAUGGGCUCACCAGUCUUGAAGCAGUCAUUUCCCGAGGGAGGGUGGUCCGGGUUUGGGCUCCCUUUGACCCGGAAGAGAAUCCGUCCGUAGAGGUCGCCCUGAACACAACGAUUGAUGCCAUACACAAUAUAGAACAGUUGGUUCCCGUGGAGUAUCAGCUUACAAAAACAGAUGUAAUUCCUGUUCCAGGACUAUCAGUGCCUUCUUCCGACUAUUGCGGCCUUCUAAUGAUCAGGGAAACGGCUUUGUUCUGUGACGGGCAGGAAUCCAGCAUGUCUCAACAACUCAAGUGUGAGCUGGCAAUCAGCAAGGCAGUAGCUCACAACUGGUUCGGCAACUCCGUCACAGUGGAGUGGUGGGACGACCUAUGGCUGACCGAGGCCCUCAGCACCAUGCUUGCAUACGAAUCAGUCGCAUAUCAACGCCCAGACGUCAAUAUUUGUGAUCUUCAGUGGGAUGAGAUGAUACAACCGGCCAUGGCGGCAGACAUCUUCUCCAGGGUAGACCUGAGCAGUUACGGGCAUGCGGCAGCGAUAGGAGAGGACCCGGCCGUGGGAGGGAAGGGUAUCGGGCUCCUGCGGAUGCUUGACACCAUCAUCAGCGACAAAGAGUUCCUAAAGGCAAUCGAGAAUGUGUUAGCAAGAUUUUCGCACGACAACAUGAACAGGUCGCAAUUUUGGGACGCAGUAUCCGAGGCAACAGGGUUCAGAAUAGACGUGGCCGCCUUCAUGGAGCCGUGGGUUACACAGCUGGGAUAUCCGUACGUCUCCAUAGGACGGUAUCAGGAAAGGGACGAGUCCAGAAACCAGUACUUCGUCCAGCUGCCAUUUUACUACUCCGGCUUUGUUAGCUUUAUGCGACACCUGCAAACAAUAACUUGGGAGAUCCCAGUCACGUGGAAGAGCGAAGGUCAAACAGACACCAGACUUUUAACAAUGACUGAAGAUAAAUAUAUCAUACCUGAUGAGACGUCACCGGAAGAGUGGGUUCUGGGAAACUCGGAUUCUCGCGGUUUUUAUCGCGUGAACUACGACAACAAGAACUGGGCCCUGCUAGCAGACUACCUCCAAUACAACCACACAUUACUGGAGCCGUCAGUGCGGGCUGUUCUAAUAGACGAUGCGUUCAAUAACGUAAGGGGGAGUAUAUUGUUGAUUCCAACAGCAAUGGAGAUGACCAGAUACUUAGAUAAAGAAGAGAAUUACGUGCCUUGGAGAGCAGCCUUGGAUGCCUUGCAUUACGUGAAAACGGUCGUACAUGGAAGUUGUCCAAGCUCAAGUCAAUGCCCAUAUCAUUGCCGGCUACAGGAAUAUAUAGCAAGAAAAGCAGCGAGAGUUCUAAAAAGGCACACGUUUUACGAAACAUCGCCUGAAAAGCGGCUGCUAGUAGCCGUAACAUUCAAGGCAGCCUGCCAAAAUGGAAACAGAAAUGUCACGAAACGAGCAAAAAUCAUGUUUGACAGAUGGAAGAGGAAAAGAGUUAGGAUACCCCCAGACAUCCGGGAAUCUGUCAUCCACGUGGGGAUCUCAGCAGGAGACGAGAACGUGUGGUGGCAUGUGUGGAAGCAGAGUAACGCAAGCGCCAUUUCGGCACAGGAUCGCCAAAUAUUCCUCUGUGGUCUCGCCGCGUCACAACAGGAGUGGGUUCUGUGGAGAUAUCUUCGUUAUAUUUUCGAAGAAAAAGGCAUCACGGUGCAAGAAGCAAGUUUGAUAUUCAAGUGCGUGACUCAAACUAAAGUCGGCAGAGAGACAGCCUGGAAAUUCGUCCAAGGGAACUGGGAGAAACUUACAUCAAAAUACGCUGAUGUCCCGUCCUUACUAAAGGCUAUCAUCCAAUCAACGUUAACGGGUCUAUCGACGGAUCAACACUUUCAACAGCUGGAACACUUCUCAAGUUCAGUACAAGAAAAGUAUCUCAGAGAUCUGUUAGAUGACGCCGUGCACGCUACGAGACUGAACCAGAGGUAUAUUGACAGAAACAUGCCUUACCUCCAGGACUGGUUAAAGGUGCCGUGUGCAACACGUGUGGACACAAGAGAAACAAACCCCUAAGCGAAAUAUCAUAACUCAUACGGUUUCUUCUGAUGAUAAACUAUAUAUCAUUGGUCGAAGGGUUCGUCAAAAUCCUUCGGGAAGAAAAAACAACAUUGGGUUGGAUUGGACGUCUGACCAUUUCAAUUCCUUGUCAUUCUUAUCACCACUGGAUCACCGCUGCAUUGUUGAUGAUAGAAGACGUGGUAUCAUGCUGCCGGGAAGGUUUUUUGUUAACGAAGCGCCACCUAUCGCGUAUCGUUGGUGCUACAGGGAACGGCCGACUGAAGCUGCCAAAUCACCUCGUGUCAAACCAGUUGUUUCAAGCUACAAACGUAAUUUCAGUAUGAUUGAUGAAUACAUAUCUAGUUAACAUCUUGAGAUGUGGUAAUAAGAUGGAGGGACGUAGACUUUCUAUUCGUCUUGUUUAUAUUUGAUUUUAUGUUUUAUGUUGGCCGUAUUAUACCAUCAUUAUAAAAAAGGUUGGAGUACUACGAAAAGUUUUUUCACUGCAAUCAUAAAAGAUACGAUCAACUUCAUGCAAUAUCGACACAUUUUGUCAAGGGUAAGACCAUCGUACGACACUCUCGUUUUGUUUUGUACUUGUAAGCGUGAUCAUAAACGUUGCCGUCCUUGUGCUUUUCGCUGCUAUGUAGUUGUGGACAAUGGAUAGAUGAUAUGCAAGGUAAUCAGACUUCAUCGUUUACAACUGGUCAAUAAAAGAAAGUGAAUUCUUA